AAAAGGUUUAAUCCCUGCCAAGUGGCGAGCAUUACAGUUGGGGCUCUGUCUCGGCUGACUUCGCUGUGCGACGGGAGCCUUUGGAGAGGAGAAGUUCAACCCGGGCGCACUUGAACUUGCGGGACUUUAUCAGGUGUGAUUCGCCGGUUUGUGCCUCAGGUAUGUGAACAUUGAAGCCUCUGCAGCGAGCCGGAGGUGCGUUUCGUAGGAUGCUCGGAUACCGCGGGAGUCUUUGCCCCACGCCAUGGAUACAUAAUGUCCGGAUUUGUCUCGGAAUAACCAAGGACGCUGCGUAAAAGGAAGCCUGAAACUCCCCAGUGUGACCAGCGAAGCUCACUACAACUCCACAAGCGUGCGGGAUGGGGCCAGCAUCUGUAACUCUGCUUCUCAUUGCUUUUUUGGGCCGGGCUGAAGGUUCCUCUCUUCACUACUCCGACAGCAGGUCCAACCAUCUCUCCCUGGACAAAACCUUUGGUCGCUCAGUCAAGGACUCCCAGUGCCAGCACAUGCUGAAGCACCUCCACAACGGAGCCCGCAUCACCGUGCAGAUGCCUCCUAACAUUGAGGGCCACUGGGUGUCCACCAGCUGUGAGGUGAGACCAGGCCCGGAGUUCCUAACGCGCUCCUACCGGUUCUACCCCAACAACACCUUCCAGGCCCAUCAGUUCUACUACGAGGACAACCACUGCACCACGCCCACCUACACGCUGGUGGUUCGGGGCCGUCUGCGCCUUCGCCAGGCCUCCUGGAUCAUCCGCGGCGGCACCGAGGCCGACUAUCAGCUCCACCGUACCCAAGUAGUGUGUCACACGGCCACCGUGGCCAAGGAGCUCAGCCAGAGGCUCAACCGCAGCUGCCGAGGGGCCGUGAAGGGCAAGGGCCCCUGGGAGCCCAACGUCAGCUACGAGCUGUGGAGCGAGGAGGGCGGCUGCGACUGCUCCAGGGAGCUGAACUUUGCCAUGCACGAGCUGCAGCUGCUGAGGGUGGAGAAGCAGUACACGCAUCACAACCUGGAUCACCUGGUGGAGGAGCUGUUUCUGGGGGACAUCCACACCGAGCCGAGCCAGAGGAUGUACUACCGGCCGUCCAGCUAUCAGGCUGCGCUGCAGAACGCCAAGAACCAUGACCACGGCUGCAUCGCCUGUCGCAUCAUCUACCGCUCGGACGAAUUCCACCCUCCCAUCCUGCCGCCGCGGGCCGACCUGACUGUGGGAUUGUACGGCCAGUGGGUCAGCCAGCGGUGUGAGGUUCGCCCCGAGGUCCUCUUCCUCACCCGUCACUUCAUCUUCCAUGACAACAACCACACCUGGGAGGGCCACUACUACCACUACUCCGACCCCAUUUGUAAACACCCGACGUUCACCAUCUACGCCCGUGGCCGCUACAGCCGAGGGCUUCACUCCACCCGCGUCAUGGGUGGAACCGAGUUUGUCUUCAAAGUGAACCACAUGAGAGUGAAGCCCAUGGACUUGGCCACCACCUCGCUCCUCAAUGUCUUCAACGGCAAUGAAUGCGGGGCAGAAGGGUCCUGGCAGGUGGGUGUGGAGCAGGAUGUCACCCUGACCAACGGCUGCGUGGCGCUGGGCAUCCGCCUUCCCCACACAGAGUACGAGCUCUUCCGCAUGGAGCAGGAUGCCCACGGCCGCUACCUGCUCUACAACGGCCAGCGUCCCAGCGACGGCUCCAGCCCUGACCGGCCGGAGAAGCGGGCCACCUCCUACCAGAUGCCCCUGGUGCAGUGCUCCGCGAGCAGCCGCGGGCCGGACCACGGCCAGGGGGGCGACAGCGACAGGCCUCAGCAGCUCAGCAAUGAUUGUACAGGAUGGCACAGAGGAAGCCAGAAACACAUCAUAAUGGCUCUCUCCGUGUCGGUCAUGGCUCUGCUUCUAAGCUGGCGGAGCUAAGUGGCAGUCAUGGCUUUUUUGUACAUAGAGACACAACGGAAUGAGAGGGUGGAUUACAAGAGGGCUUUGACCUGACAAAGCGACUGCUUGUCACAACUGUACACUUGAACCUUCAUUUCUCUCUCUCUUUCUCUCUCUCUUUCUGACACCUGGGAAGAUGGAGGUCAGUCAAUGAUGCGGACAGCAUGUGGACCCUGAUCCUCUGAAAUCUUUCCCAGUUACCAAAGACUUGACACUGCUGCACCACAGUAACUGCACUUUAAAGUGGAUCCAAAGUCUGACGUGUCUAUGUUUCCACAAAUAUACAAUGAUGUCUAUACAUCCACACAGACCUGAGAAUACCUUUUUGUACAGUGUGUUCACCUACAAAUAUCAAGCCAUUUCUUGGCACUGCAAGAAGAUGAGACGUGAUAUGUGGAAAUACUCGUUUCUGCAAUGAAUUUUGACAAUACGCUCCCUCUCUCGUAAGGAGAAAUGCUUGAACACGAUUCACGGUGGAAGGGAAUUACAGUGUUGUUAUUUCAAAGGUGCGUCUUCAGUAUAGCUUUACCAUACGCCUCACCUCAGUGUAACUGUCAGUAGCACUUCUGUUAAUUAUCUGUCAGCUAGUCCACAAAACAUCAUACUUUCAUUUCAGAGACAAUAGAGCUCAAACAGCAGGCAAGGUGUUGUAUGUUUUUCAGAGAAAUCAUGUAUUCAUUUUCAGUCGUUUUCUAUUGCUCCAUUUUACAUGUUUAUUAGGCCUACAACAGAGGCCCCAAGUGGAAGUCAUUUUGUAUGCCAUACAUAAGCAUUUCCGCUAUUUGUUGUGUAGUCCAAAAUCCCUAUGGAAAAUAUGAAAAGCUUUUUUGCAACAUGACAAAAAUAAGGGAUGUGUUGAACGGAUACCCACAAGAAGAACUAUACUAUUUUUGGUCCAGUGGUUAUAAUACAUUCACAAGCAUAAUCUUUUAGAGCUUUUAGUAACUUUUUUAAUAUCCAUCUUCAUGGCAAAAUGUUAUCACUUGAAAGCAGACAAGAGUAACUGAUGAGGAACUUUACUUAGCUCUUGUACACAUUUUUGAUAUUGCCAGAGUUCAAUCUCUGUGUUGUACAUUAUUAAGAUUUUUAGUGUUGCACAGUUUAUACUAGUUGUUCAUUGGCAUGUAGCUUAUCACAAAAUCCCACAUAGCUAUACCUGAGCACUGCAGUGCUCUUUCCCAAAUUACUAGAAACAGUAAAUAUAAAAAGUAAUUAAAGAACAAAAACUCGGAGAUGAAGUUGUAUUUAUUAAAGUAUAGAUAGAAGGCUCUGUGUAGCACAGGCUUUGUUUUUUGCUUUCCUGAAAACCCCAUUUAUAUUUUUCAUAGGGACUACACACUAACUGGAAAAAAAAAUUUAAAGGUUACAAAAUUACAGCAGACUCGAGUUCUCUACUGAGAUAAUAAUGGUGACCAUUUUGUACCUUUGUAACACUCGUGGUAGGAAACUACAGCCGGAAGACCAGCAUAAAAGUUAAGAAUUUUCACUUUCAAACGUGAGCAAUCUUGAGGGAUAACAAUGCCAACCACAAGAGCAAGGGCAAGAAAAUCUCCCAGGAAACUCAGGAGGUUUGACAGACGUCUAGGCUAAAUUCUGUUAGCCAGCUAUAGUGGACCAAAUAUAGUACCAUAAAAUGUAAGUCUACAUACCUCUGGAGACUUGUAAUCCAUUUAUUAUGUUUUUUCCUAUGGGGAAUCUGACAUGACAAAUGUUUGUACAAUCACUAACAUUUGUAUGAUGUGUCUGUGAUGGAUUAGUUGAAUUCCACUUGCUCUUUUGGUUUCCCACUCAGAGUGUAGCAUAAAUUCAAAAUGGCACCCAUCAGCAACCUAUAAUGGUCCAUCGUAACACUGAGUAGAUGUCACCAGUGUUUUGAGAAUGGAAUGGCACCUGUCUGAGGGGCUUUAACAGCAUGCCUCCAGCAUACUUUAAAAUGUCCCAAACCGCACGACGCAAAAUAGAAAAACAUACCAUACUGACCAUGGAGUUGCUUCCAACCAGUAUAUCUUCACUGAUGUAUGAUGGAGUAUGGAGCAGAAUCCUGUUCAAUGUACCCAGACUAAAGAUCCUGUAUUAGGCUCCCAGAAAUGUCUU